CGGGCCGUGUCUCCUGACAACACCUGUGGCAACACUGGCGCCGGAGCCAACAAGGGAUACACCUGUCCAUCCGGAGGAGACUUCCGCUGCUGCUCUCAGUACGGCUGGUGUGGUGCUUCGACGGACCACUGCGGUACGGGCUGCCAGGCCGGGUUUGGUAGUUGCGGAACCUCCACCGGCGGUGGUGGCGGCAGCGGUGGCGGCGUCUCGCCGGAUAACACCUGUGGCAACACCGGUGCCGGUGCCAACAAGGGCUAUACCUGCCCUACUGGCCAGUACAAGUGCUGCAGCCAGUACGGAUACUGCGGCGACAGCACCGACCACUGCGGCACGGGCUGCCAGUCUGCGUUCGGGACUUGCGGAACGGGCAGCGGAGGAGGUGGCGGCGGCGGCGGCGGUAGCACUGACGGCCGGUGCGGUGCCAACUUUGGCAACAAGAAGUGUGCUGCCAACGAGUGCUGCUCUAUCGAGGGCUACUGCGGAACCUCGGACGAGCACUGCAUGGCCCCGGACUGCCAGUUCGCCUUUGGCCCGGCCUGCGAUGCCAACCUGGUCCCCAAGGGCACCAACACGUCGACCCUCGCCCGCCCUACACUCGGCAGUGUUUCUGUCGGCGGCGAGGGCAUCUACCCGUGUGUCAACAAGGGCCAGGUUGCUCUGACCUUUGACGACGGCCCUGGUGACUUUACUUCCGGCAUGCUCGACGUCCUCAAGAAGUACAAUGCCAAGGCGACCUUCUUCAUCACCGGCGUCAACAACAACAAGGGCCAGAUCGACGACCCGAACACACCCUGGCCCGCCAUCAUCAAGCGCAUGAACACCGACGGCCACCAGCUCGCCUCGCACACCUGGUCGCACGCGGACCUGAGCGCCAUCACCUCGGCCCAGCGCAAGAACGAGAUGUGGAAGCUCGAGAUGGCCCUGCGCAACAUUGUCGGCUUCGUCCCGACCUACAUGCGCCCUCCUUACUCGUCCUGCACCGCCGAGAGCGGCUGCCAGGCCGACAUGGCCGCCCUCAAGUACCACGUCACCUACUUUGACCUCGACACGGCCGACUACCUCAACACCUCGCCCGCCCUGAUCCAGAACGCAAAGAACAACUUUGACAACUUCUUCAAGAACAAGGUCCCCGCGUCCAGCAACGCCCUCGCCAUCGCCCACGACAUCCACCAGCAGACCGCCCAGAACCUGACCGAGUACAUGCUGCUCGGCCUGCAGAGGCGCGGGUACCAGGCCGUCACGGUGGGCACGUGCCUUGGCGACCCCAAGGCCAACUGGUACCGC